AAUAUAAAACAACUCAGUUAUAUUGAAGAGUAGAUACUGAGUACAUUCUAGAAAAUAAAUAUAUUGUAUUAGAAAUACUGCGUAAAUGGUGAUAUUUUGUGAGGAAACAAUAUGUUGUUCUGUAGAGUUAGAAGAGGUCCUAGUGUAUUGGAUGAAGAUAGAUUUGAAGAGGAUUCCGACAACAAAAGACGAUCUGGAAUUAUAUCAAAGUCUAUUGAAGUACCUCCUUAUGAAAUAGAAAAUGUUGUUGUUAAAACAUAUCCCAAAUCUAAAGGUGAUGAAGAUCAAAUUCGAAGCGCUAUAGAGCAAAAUGAUUUUUUAUCGAAUAUACUCACGGAGAAGCGGGCUCAAAAAUUCAUCGACUGUAUGUAUAAUCAAACAGUUGAAGCAGGAGAAAUAAUUAUCCAAGAAGGCGGUUUUGGAACUCAUUUGUAUAUUUCCUGCACAGGAACAUACGAAAUUAUCAUCGAAGACGAAACCGUUGGAGUAUUUGACGAUGUCAGAGUAUUUGGUGAAUUAGCCAUAUUAUAUUCAGCAAAAAGACACGCCACCGUUAAAGCCAUUGAAAAUGGGUCCAUGUGGGUACUGGACUGUCAUACAUUUAAAAGACUCAUCAUCAAAUCAGCUUUAGAGGAACAAGAAGAAAUUGCGUCGUUCCUACAAAACGUACCUGAGCUGAGCAAAGCACCAAUAGAGAAGUUGUACCAAGUGGCGAAUCUCUUUAAACCUGAAUUUUAUAAAAGUGGAACAGCCAUAGUUAAACAGUGUGAAGUAGGAGACAAAUUUUAUAUUAUAAGAGCCGGGACAGUUACUGUUGAAAAGGACAAUGAAAAGGUAGCUGAACUUAGUAAAGGAAGAUAUUUUGGAGAAGUAUCUCUUCUAAAAGAUGAAUUUGUACCUGCUACAGUUAAAGCCGGAGCGCCUGGUGUAGAGUGUUUAUUGUUAACUAGAAAAGAAUUUAUAGAACACUUUGGCGAAGUAGAUGAAUUCGUAAGAUUAAAAAGUGAACCUAUAACGGCUGUUGAAAAGAUGAUCUCUGAAUAUCCUAAUCUAAAUUUAGAUGACUUCAAAAUAUUACAGACUUUAGGGCUGGGAGCUUACGGAAGAGUUCAAUUAAUUCAACACAACCGACAUAAAAAUAUGGUGUUUGCUUUGAAAUAUAUAAAAAAAGUUGAGAUCAAAAAGAAAACACACCAAACUCAAGUGUACAAUGAAAAAAAAUUACAUUCUAUGUGCAAUUCUCCUUUUAUAACAAGAAUGUAUAGAAGUUUCAAAACAAGCAGGUACAUAUAUUUUCUGUUGGAAGUUGGACUCGGAGGUGAUUUAUGGAGUUUACUCCAUGCACAAACGGGGAAAAGAUUUGAGGAAUUGAAAGCAAAAUUUUACGCAGCUUGUGUUUUGGAGGGACUUAGCUACCUACACGCACUUGGAAUAAUUUAUAGAGAUUUGAAACCAGAAAAUAUAAUUAUUCAUCAUAACGGAUACAUUAAAUUGGCUGAUUUCGGUUUUGCCAAAAGAACAGACUCUAAAGAGAAGACUUUUACGUUUGUUGGCACAGCGGAAUACGUGGCGCCUGAAAUAAUUUUAAGUAAAGGUUACAACAGAGCAGUUGAUUACUGGGCUUUUGGAGUUUUCAUUUACGAACUUCUAGUCGGAAGGACCCCAUUUAAAACUGGCGACCCGGGGCACUUGAAUACUUAUAAAUCGAUUCUUAAAGGUAUUGAAUAUGUAACGUUUCCCGAAUUUGUUUCGGGCACUUCUAAAUCUAUUAUAAAAAAAUUAUGUACGCAGUCGCCCGCUGACAGACUUGGUUGUCAGAAAUAUGGUAUUCAGGCUAUUAAAAAGCAUGUAUGGUUCGGUGGCAUAGACUGGAAUAAAUUGAUCAAUCAGGAAUUGGAGCCACCCUAUAGACCGGAAUUGAAUGAUAACGUAGAUACCAGAUAUUUUGAAAAGUUCCCCGAUGACACCGAUGUACCACCUGAGGAUUUUUCCGAUUGGGAUAAAGAUUUAUGAUUGAUUUGUUUUUCUGAUAUUUUAAUUAUUUGAUUUUGAUAAUAAAAAUAAAAGUUAUAAUCCUAAAA